CAAAAUGAAACAGGAAAGUUAUACUUUAGUACAUAAAAGGGGAAAUAUAUGUCCCCUUAAUCAAACAAUUCAAAAAAGGUAUAAUCUCAACUCCAAGAAAACCAUUUUUCAAACCCCAUAAAUAACCAUUCAAACACGCCUUAUUCCUAACCCAUCCCCAAACAAAAACAACCCGACCCGCCAAUAAAUCCGGUCCGGCCAACCCGACCCACUCAACAACUAAUCCGCCCCCAUUUUUUCCGGCGACCAGAAUGGCAACAGCAAGGCCAAGAAUCGGCGGACUCGGCGCCCUCCGCCGUCAAUCCAUGCGGGUUUAUAAUGAGCCCUUCACUCCCAAUGUUGAAGAAAGCGAUGAAAAGGAAGCCCACAUUCUACGCCUCCAACUUCCCGAGUUCAAUGAGCAUCAUGUUAAGGUUAAGGUUGAAAAAGAGGCAGGAACGGUGGUGGUCACCGGAGAUCGGAAUAUGGGAAAUAAUCGAUUACUCAUUUUGGAUAAAACUUAUUCAAUUCCGCAAAAUUCCCAAAUCGAUAAAAUUGAACAUAAAUUGCAAGACGGGAUUCUCACCAUUACAAUCCCCAAACAAAUCACUGAACCGGUGACGGCACCGCCGUUGCAAGCGGCGGAGUCGAUGGCAGCGCCGGAAAACGCAGCUCCGCCGGAGACGAUGGCUGAAAUUAAUGAACCAGAUGCGGCGGCUCUUCCGAAAGCUGAUUCAACCCCAGAGAAGGGAAGAGAAGAAAAUUCGCCGGAAAACGUAGCUCUGCCGGAGAAGAAGGCUGAAAUAAAGGAACCGGACGCGGCGGCUCUUCCGAAAGAUGAUUCCAGCCCAGAGAAGGGGAAGGAAGAAAUUUCGCCGGAAAUCGCAGCUCCGCCGGAGACCAUGGCUGAAAGUAAGGAACCAAAGGCGGCGGCUCUUCCGAAAGAUGAUUCAUAUUCAGUUAAGCCAACGGAGAAAAAUAACGGAAAAUCUGCAGAACUCCAAAAGCAGGACUCGGUGAAGGCGGCCAAGGAGGAAGCUCCGACGCCGGCGCCGUUGGUGGCGCCACAGCCUGCGGCGGCUGAAAAGGAUCCGGUACAAGGGGAUUCCGGCAAGGCGGAAACGACAUCGGAUCAGAAAAUUAGCAGCCCAGAUCAGAAUAGAGAAAUUGAAAACCAAGACCCCAAGAAGGGAAAGGAUUCUAAAUCAGAGGAGGUGGAUAAGAAUGAAGAAACCGCCAAGAUCGGCACCGGAACUCCAUCACCGAGAGCGACCAAAGUAGGGAAACUUGCCGGCGGCUUCACGGUUCGAAGGUUGCCGUUACGGGCGACGGUGAGUCUGUCGGCGACGGUUGCGAUUGCGGUGGCGGCAUAUUUUGCCUACGCUUAUUACGGAUUUUCGUUCGCGAUGGAAUGAAGCUGAAAUUCGCAACGAUUUCUCCAAUUUAUACCAUAAAAAAAAUAAAUAAAGCCUUUUAAUAAUUUUCUAA